CGUACUUGUUUUACUCAGCUGAGGCAGGACCUUGCUGGUAAUAGCGGAGUAGAUUCCAGCUUCAUCCUUACGGAGCGGGCGCAGUAGCGCUGUCUUUGUUCUAUUGAACCUUCACUGAGAGAGAAUUUCGUUUCGUUUUUUUCUCCUUCAAUUAUCAACGCGCUAAAAUCUAAAAAUGGAACAUUCACAUGAGAGAGUGCGUAUGGAGAUUGGGGGAGCGUUUCUGGAGAGGAAAAGGCACGACAGUGAACAGUCUGUAUGCAGCGUGUCUGAAUAUAAUGAUCUGGAGGCUGCUGAGGCUUUGGUAUGCAUGAGCUCCUGGGGUCAGGUGUCACCCAGGCUCUUCAAACCUCGGCCACUCACCCCGGCUUCUGAUUCCUGCGACUCUCUCCCGCAACCAGACCCCCCAGAGCCUCCGAGAGACUUCAUCUCCCUCUCCUCACUGUGUAUGACACCUCCUCACAGUCCUAGCUUCACAGAGAGCUCCACCACCACCUCCAUUCAGAGCACCUCUUCUCACAUGAUCCGACCUGACACCAAGAUCAAGUCCGUCGGGUCAAUGGAAACGCCAGCGCUCUCAGAGAGACGGCCCUCUCCCACCUGCAGAGCCAUGGCAACCAGCGUCAUCCGCCACACAGCUGACAGCUCCUUAUACCACCAGAACAUUCCUCAAGCUGUCAGUCAGCCUCCCCCUGUAAAGACUGAGACCCAGCAGCAGGUUCAGGAGCCAGUACCACGAGAGGAACCCACACCAGCCAUGCCCCCCUGCCAACCUCAGACACAGAGCAGCCUGCUGCCUUGUCAAGGUAACACUGCCCAAGCCUCUCCUCCUCCUCCUCCUCUUCCUCCCCCAUGCCCAACAUCCAGUCCGUCAAUCAUAUGCCAGAUGAUUCCAGUGAGUGGACAGCCUGGAGUGAUCUCAGCAUACAUCCAGAGUCCAGCCCAGAGGCCCAGCCCUGGGGUCAAAUCCAUCCUGCCACAGCCUGUACUCAUGGGUUCCCCGGUGGCCCAGGGCACGGUCAUGUUCGUUGUGCCCCAGACUCCAGUAACUCAGGCUUCCCAGUGCCCACAGACUGUUAUGACCCUUGGCAAUACCAAGCUGCUGCCUCUGGCGCCCGCCCCUGUCUAUAUGCCCUCAGGACAGAGCAGCACCACUCAGAUGGACUUUUCACGCAGACGUAACUACGUGUGUAAUUUCCCCGGCUGUCGGAAGACAUAUUUUAAGAGUUCUCACCUCAAAGCUCAUCUCAGGACUCACACAGGUGAAAAGCCCUUUAGUUGUAACUGGGACGGCUGCGAUAAAAAGUUUGCACGUUCAGAUGAGCUGUCUCGUCACCGCCGAACACACACGGGCGAGAAGAAAUUCGUCUGCCCGGUUUGUGACCGACGCUUCAUGCGUAGCGAUCACCUGACCAAACAUGCUCGUCGUCACAUGACUACCAAGAAGAUCCCGUCUUGGCAGGCAGAGGUGCGGAACCUCAACAAAAUUGCCUCGGCCAAGGCUCCGCCCCCUGGCUCAGCCUUCCCUCUUAGCAUGCUGUUACCUGCCUCGAACUGAAAAGCUGACCCUCCCACUUCAUUUACAUUGGGACACUAGUGGAGGACAAAGCUGCUAUUCACUCAUGGACUGAGCAUGCACUGGACUUCCCUCCUUUUACUGCUCAUUUGUACUCUUCUGCAGUGGAAUGUGGUUGUUUACUUUUCAUACAAGUCGUAUGCACUCUUUUGCCAAAGUCUUUGUAUUAUGUUUUGUCUUUUACAUUUUGGCUCGAAUUUGUUUUGUAUAUAUUUAUGUGUUUAUGUCUGUUUUGAAAAUGUAUGGUGUAUUCCAAAUUGUGCUAAUUUACACAGAAUAAUUUGUCUUUGAUAUAUGACAAAAAAAAAUUACGCCUGGACAUUAAUCUACACUGUGAGGAUGAUUUCAUUGCUCUUUUACAUUUCCUACUAUUUAAUACUCUUUUUUUGUAGUAAAUAACAAGGAAA